AUGGCAGUGCAGGUGACGGUUCUGCCUUCCCCCAGGUGUCUGUUCGAUGACCCCGUGCAGAUCCGUGUGGCGGGUCCCCUGCCACAGCAGGCGGUCACCCUCCGAGCCAGCCUGGUGGACGAGAGUGGGGAGCUUUUCCAAGCCCACGCUCACUACAGAGCUGGGAGCAGUGGAGAGCUUGACCUCAGCUGCUCCCCAGCGCUGGGGGGCAGCUAUUCGGGAGUGGAGCCGAUGGGGCUGCUGUGGUCUCUGCAGUCUAAAGCACCCUAUAAGCGGCUGGCAAAGAGGAACGUCCUGACUCCUUUUUGUGUGGACUUCGAAGUGUAUGAGGGCCACGGGGACAUGAGCCGCUUGCUGGGAAAAUGCACCAAUGAACGGUGGUUUUUAGGAGAGGGGGUGAAGAGGAUUUCGGUCAGAGAAGGUCGUCUGAAAGCAACCCUCUUCUUCCCUCCUGGACCGGGUCCAUUCCCUGGACUUAUUGAUUUGUAUGGAUCUGGAGGAGGUCUUGUUGAAUACAGAGCAAGUCUUCUGGCUAGCAGAGGCUUCGUGACUCUGGCUCUUGCUUAUAUGGCCUUUGAAGAUCUUCCUGCUAUGCCAGAGAUUCUUGAGCUGGGCUAUUUUGAGGAAGCUGUAAACUUUUUGCGGAAGCAGCAGCAGGUGAAAGAUACUGGGAUUGGCGUUUUGGGCUUGUCUAAAGGAGCUGAUCUAGCCCUUUCCAUGGCCACAUUUCUACCUGGCAUCAAGGCAGCUGUCAGCAUAUCUGGAAGUGGUUUUAAUUCUUUCAUUCCCCUACGGGGGGAUGGCUUCACUGUUCCUCCCCACCCAUAUGAUUUGGGGAGGAUGAAGACCAGUGACGAGUCUGGCCUAGUAGAUUUUACAGAUGUCCUAGAUGAUCACCGGGACCCAGCAACUUGGGAUUGUCGCAUUCCAAUGGAGAGGUCUUUGGCCAAGUUCCUCUUCCUGUCGGGACUGGAUGACAUGAACUGGAAAAGUGACCUCUAUUGCCGGGAUGCUGUUCAGCGCCUUCAGCAGUAUGGACGGGAAGUGGAGUUUUUCUCCUAUUCUGGAGCAGGACACCUCUUGGAGCCACCAUACUUGCCUCUGUGCCAGGCUUCGAUCCACAGAGUGCUUGGGCUGUUUGUGCAUUGGGGAGGGCAAUGGAGAGAGCAUGCCAAAGCCCAAGAAGAUGCAUGGCACAGGAUACAGACUUUUUUCUGGCAACACUUGAUGGACUCAGACAUCCCUAAGAGCAAGCUGUAG